CUCCUUGUCCAAAAGCUGCCUUACCCAGCAUGCCUCCUCAGCCAAGCCAGAGGUAGACACAAUGAGGUUCACCUGAGGGGAAGAGCAAUCCCCAGUGCCCCCAGAGUGACUCUCUCCCCUCCCCCCUCCAUAUCUAGCAACCUACUAAAAAUAACAGCCCCUGUGCAAAUCACUAGACUCAAUUCAUUGUCCCCCUCUCUGCUUGCAGGCGGCGCCGCGCUGCAUCCUGGGAUUGGUAGUUUCCACGCCCUUUUGGCCGCCCGGCCAUCGCUGCGUCAGAAACUACGUUUCCCAGAAUUCCUGUCGGGAGGACGGCUUUUUCUCGCCGCUCGGGGAGGGUUUUUUUCACCCUAACUCCCCAUUUAAAUAAACAGCGAGGAAAAUGGCGGAGCGCUCGGUGGGGAGAUAAAGAAGCGAAAGGCUGACAGAGAGAGGGAGCAAGGCGGCAGCAGCUAUUCCCGUUUGAACUUGAAAGCUUCACUUUCCCAAACUGAACGAUGUCAACUGAAACGCCCUUGUACCUGCCGAUCGUUUAGCUCUCAGCCACAUAGAGUUCAGCUGCUGAUGUGUCUUCACGAUGAGUGGAUUAGGGGAAAACUCCUUGGAUCCGCUGGCAGCAGAAACAAGAAAGCGCAAGCCAUCUUCCUGCGAUACUCCCGGGCCUGGGCUGACCUGCAGUGGUGAGAAGAGAAGACGUGAGCAGGAGAGCAAGUACAUCGAGGAGUUGGCCGAGCUCAUUUCAGCCAAUCUUAGCGACAUAGACAAUUUCAAUGUCAAACCGGACAAAUGCGCAAUCUUAAAGGAGACAGUUAGGCAGAUCCGUCAGAUUAAAGAGCAAGGAAAAGCCUCUUCUAAUGAUGACGAUGUGCAGAAAGCUGAUGUGUCUUCUACAGGGCAGGGGGUAAUUGAUAAGGAUUCUCUCGGCCCACUCUUAUUGCAGGCACUGGACGGCUUCCUGUUUGUGGUGAAUCGAGAGGGCAGCAUUGUAUUUGUCUCUGAAAAUGUCACCCAGUAUUUACAAUACAAACAAGAGGAUCUGGUUAACACUAGUGUCUACAGCAUCCUGCACGAAGAGGACCGUAAAGAUUUCCUUAAGAACCUGCCCAAAUCUACUGUUAAUGGCGUCCCAUGGUCCAGCGAAACCCCUCGACAGAAGAGUCACACAUUCAACUGUCGCAUGCUGGUCAAGACCUCUCAUGAUCAUCUGGAGGAUGGGAGUGGCAACCUGGACACACGUCAGCGAUAUGAGACCAUGCAGUGCUUUGCCUUAUCUCAGCCCCGGGCGAUGAUCGAGGAGGGAGAAGACCUUCAGUCCUGUAUGAUCUGUGUGGCCAGGCGCAUCACAACUGUAGAGAGGGUCUUCUCCGCCAAUCCUGAAAGCUUCAUUACAAGGCACGAUCUGACAGGUAAGGUGGUAAACAUAGACGCCAACUCCCUACGUUCCUCCAUGAGACCAGGCUUUGAGGACACCAUCCGAAGAUGUAUUCAGAGGUUCCUGUGUCACAGCGACGGGCAGCCAUGGACGUACAAACGCCAUUACCAAGAAGCCUAUGUCCACGGGCAUUCUGAAACACCUCUGUAUAGGUUCUCACUGGCCGAUGGCACCAUAGUGACUGCUCAGACAAAAAGUAAGCUCUUUCGUAUUCCUGUCACCAAUGAUCCACACGGCUUCGUCUCCACGCACUUCUUGCAAAGGGAACAGAAUGGCUACAGACCCAAUCCGAACCCAAUGGCACAAAAUAUUCGGCCACCAGUGAACCCCAAUCCUCCCAAUACAAUGAAUGCAAUGCCGCCUCAGGCCAUGCAGCAGCAGAACAGGAACUAUGGCAUGGGGGAUCCCAACAGCAUGGCACAAAUGCCAGGCAUGCGAUACAAGUCCCCAGGCAACAUGGCGCCUGUUAAUCAACCUCCAGGGGUACAGCAGUCUCCGUACCAAAACAAUAGUAAUUAUGGCCUUAACAUGAAUAGCCCACCCCAUGGCAGUCCAGGCAUGAAUUCUAACCAACCCAACCUUAUGGUGUCACCCAGAAACCGGGCUAGCCCCAAGAUGGCAUCCAAUCAGUUUUCUCCUGUUCCAGGCAUGAACUCUCCAAUGGGAUCUUCAGGAAGUGCAGGGGGAGGAAGCUUCUCCAGCAGCUCUCUAAGCGCUCUCCACGCCAUAAGUGAAGGAGUGGGGAGCUCACUCCUGUCAUCCUUGUCUUCUCCUGGCCAGAAAGUAGAGAACAAUACCAAUAUGAACAUGCCCCAGCAGGGUAAAAUUGGCAACCAGGAUUGCAAGAGCCCAAGUGGAUUGUACUGUGAACAAGGACAAGUGGAAAGCUCUGUGUGUCAGUCAAGUGGUAGGGAGCACCUUGGGGAAAAGGACGUUAAAGAGAACAUACUUGAAGCGUCAGACAGUCAGAGAUCACAAGCUGAAAGUAAAGGGCAUAAGAAACUUCUCCAGCUUCUCACAGGUUCUUCAGAAGAUAGGGGUCCAAGUCUUAUGUCCAGUUCUUCUAUAGACUGCAAAGAUUCAUCCACCAAUGUAACUAGUCCCUCUGGAGUGUCCUCAUCCACCUCCACUGGGGUUAGCUCCACGUCCAACUUGCAUGGGUCUAUGCUUCAAGAAAAACACCGCAUUCUCCAUAAGUUGCUCCAAAAUGGCAAUUCUCCCGCCGAGGUAGCAAAGAUCACAGCAGAAGCCACCGGAAAGGACAGUUUCCAGGAGACGGUGAGCUCUGCACCAUGCACAGAAGCAACGGUGAAACGAGAGCAGCUGAGCCCAAAGAAGAAGGAAAACAAUGCACUUCUGAGGCAUUUGCUGGACAAAGACGACUGGAAGGACCCACUGUCGAAGGACAUUAAACCCAAAGUGGAACACAUGGAUGCUAAAAUGGGCCCGUGUAGCAGCUCCAGUGUUCCCACUUCAAGUCAGGAUAAAGAGGUUAAAAUAAAGACAGAGCCUGCAGAUGAGGUUCCCGGAGAUUUGGAUAAUUUGGAUGCCAUCCUGGGGGAUUUGGCUGGUUCUGACUUCUACAACAAUUCAAUGAGUUCUAGAGCAAGUGACCAUGGGCCCAAGCAGCCUGUAUUCCAGGACAGCCCAACAUUGGGCAUGCGGAGUCCAGAUAGUGUGCAUGGGAGCCGGCCUCCAUUUAAUCGGGCAAUUUCCCUAGACAGCACGAUGCCCGGAAACUCAACCCCUCCAGUGCGGAACGUUAACAGUUUUCCAAUGCUACCAAAGCAAGGCAUGAUGGGAAGCCCAAGAAUGAUGGAUGGACAAGACAAUUUUGGUGUUAUGAUGGGAAGUGGACCCAACAGGAGUAUGAACCAGCAUCCAGGUGGGGAGUGGGCUAUGCAGAACGCAGCAGUCAAUAGGUUGGAGCCUCCUAAUGCAGGAAACGUGGGCCGACCUGGGCCAGAUUACAGCACAGCAAUGCCAAGGCCUGCGAUGGGCGGGAACAUGCCGGGACUUCCAGCCAGGUCUAACAGUAUUCCUGGGAGCAGACCGGUGCUGCAGCAACAGAUGCUUCCAAUGAGGCCCAAUGAGAUGGCAAUGGGCAUGGGAUCAAAUCCUUAUGGACAACAGGCCCCUUCAAAUCCGCCGGGAUCGUGGCCUGAUGGCAUGAUGAUAGACCAGGGUCAUGGUGGCACUCAGGCCAGACAGUUAGGGAGGAAUUCGUUGGACGACCUCUUGUGUCCUCCUUCAACCGUCGAAGGGCAGACAGAUGAAAUUGCCCUCCUUGAUCAAUUGCACACCCUUCUCAGCAACACAGAUGCCACAGGACUGGAAGAAAUAGACCGAGCUCUGGGAAUUCCGGACUUGGUCAGUCAGGGUCAAGCUUUGGAGCCACAGCAAGAUUCUUACCAGCCUCAAGGUUCUCCAGUCAUGAUCGAUCAAAAGCCACCCAUGUAUGGGCAGCCCUACGCAGGGCAGGGAACAGCAAUGGCUGCUGCCGGAUUUAAUGCCAUGCAGGGGCAGCACCCACCCUUCAAUUCAGUGAUGGGUCAGAUGAACCAGCAGCAAGGCAAUUUCCCACUGCAAGGUAUGCACCCACGGGCCAACCUCAUGAGACCCCGAAACAACAUACCCAAACAACUGAGAAUGCAACUUCAGCAGAGGCUUCAGGGGCAGCAGUUUCUGAACCAAAAUCGACAAGCCUUAGAGAUGAAGGUGGAGACAAUGAAUCCCGGCGGAGCUGGAGUUAUGAGACCCGUAAUGCAGACGCCGGUCUCUCAGCAGGGCUUUCUCAAUGCCCAGAUGGUGGCCCAGAGGAACAGGGAGCUGAUUAGCCACCAAAUCAGACAGCACAGAAUGGCCAUGAUGAUGCAACAGCAGCAGCAAGGCCAACCCCAGACCUUCAGCCCUCCUCCCAAUGUGACUGCCACAGCCAGUAUGGAUAACCCACUAGGAGGGCCACCAAUGCCCCAGGCCCCUCCUCAGCAAUUCUCCUACCCUCCUAAUUAUGGUAUGAAUCAACAGGCGGAUCCCACUUUUGGAAGGGUGUCCAGCCCACCUAAUGCCAUAAUGUCAUCUCGGAUGGCUCCUUCCCAGAAUCCUCACCCUCAAACCGCCCAAAUGUAUCCAUCACCAGACAUGAAAGGCUGGCCAUCAGGGAAUAUGACUAGACCAAAUUCCUUCCCACAGCAGCAGUACAGCCACCAGGCCAACCCCGCCACGUAUAACAUGAUGCACAUGAAUGGGAAUGGGAGCCACAUGGGGCAGAUCAACAUGAACUCCAUGCCUAUGUCUGGGAUGCCUAUGGGACCUGAUCAGAAAUAUUGCUGACACCAAACAUUUCUCGGAAUGAAAACUCAGCCGGGGGAACUAAAGAUGCACUAUAAUGGGUAACGCAAAGAGAGAAAACCAGAUGAUAUAUAUAUUUGUAUAUAUAUAUAUUGGCCUUACGGAGAAGAGGGGCCUCUCACAGUCUCCACUUUCACAAGCGAAAUGCGUCACUCUUUCUGAAUGAUCCGCUGUACAACACAAUGGACAACAAACUUCAUUUGGUGCUCUCUCCGGCGCAACUUGUCAGUACGGCAGUGAGAUCCUCGCACGUAAGAUUUGGUUUGGUUGUGAAUUCCGCCAGUUAUUUACCUUGUUAAACAAACUUGUUUCAUUGUUCAGUUCAAAGCACCCAGAGAAUUUUUUGUUGGAAAGUUAGAGGUUAAAGGGUGUUUCUUUGUUUUUAUGUUUUUUUAAAUCACGUUUAUGGGGUUUUUGAUCAAAGCGGAGAAGCAAAACACAUCCGGAUUUCUUUCUGUACCAAUGUGCAGCUGACAUGCACUUUAUUACUGACUCUUUUGGUCUCACAUGCAGCCUGUAGUUACAGUAUGGGGGGGGGGCAAAGCUGGCUCUAUAACAUUUACCUUGCAGCUCGAGCAUCCAACAGCCGGAGGGGCGGGGAGGGAUUCAUUCAGCCCUGUUUUUUUUUGUUUUUUUUUUGUGUGCACAUUGUUUUGUAUAUAUGAUCUUUAAAAUAUUGUAUAUGACUUUUCUAAGUCGCUAUCUCUUUUUGGGGGGGGUCAGUGGAGGCUUUUAAAACUUAACCCCAUGGUUGCCAGAUACACUUAACCCUUGCAACCACUGGGUUUAAUUCUAAAAUCAGUAAAUGCUGCUUAGUACAGUGAAGACACAUAUAUUGUUUAUUUAAGGACUGCGUCAACACUUUUGGAUUUCCAUUUUUUUUGAAGUGUCGACGCAGUCCUUAAAUUUGUUUUUACUUGGCUUUACCAGGAGUAGAUUUUGGAUUGGUCUCUGCUGUAACAGGGUUUAUCCUGUGCUUUGAGGGGGGGGUUAGUAAAAUAUUCUGUUUAUAUAAAGGGAUGCUGUCAUCAGAUUUAAAGUGCAGUCAGUUGUACCUAAGAGCAAAGUAUAGUUUUAUGCUAUUAAUGAAUUAUUUUUCCGUACGGCAGCCCUAUCUUGCUUUUGUUCUGGGUCCAAGCACUUAUCUCAGAGGAGCAGGUUUAGCUUACCCUUUUUACCCCCAUGGCAGACAGGGGGGCAUAUUAAAAGAAUGCUGUCAGAGUACCUAAUAGAGACCGUGCAGUCUGGGAUUUGGGUGCCGGCAGAGCCUGUGCCCUGUGUGCCUUGGCUUAAGAGUCGCUGCGUUACUGGAGGGGUCUGUAUUUUGAAGCUAUGAGAAUGAGACAAAUAAAGCUUUGGUUCAAGCAGAUCAAACCGCACCAUUGGUCCUAUCCAUACAUUUAAAGGACAAGGAAAGCUUUAGUCAUUGUGGGCUGCCAAUUUAUUAGACACGCCUAUUCACUCUAAUAACUUCCUGGGCAGGACUUCUCUUCUUUUUAAUAAAAAUGCACUGGGCUGGAAUUGUUUGGGAACCCCCUUCCCCCAAAACUUGGUCCCUGUGACUUGGAACCUGUUUGCCCCUAGUCUGAAGGGAGGCGUGGGGGGUAAAAGUAAGAGGGAAGCGAUUAAUCCACUGGGACAGGUUUUCCUUUUUAAAGAAAUUGUAGUUUAGAAACAAAUAACCGUGCCCCAUGAAAGCUUGUGUCAAAAAUGGAUUCUUGAUAUUUGAGAUAAUUAUGAUGACACUGUGUUUUUAAAAUUCUAGACUUCAAAGCAUCUGAGAACAUGAUAUAACAACAUAAGGUCCUGUUGCCUUUCUAUAUACUGACUGGCUGGCCAGCCCUUAGGAUGCACCCAGUGUAGGCCCCGGCAUCACUGCCACUUAUGUUCUGUUCAGAUAAGUAUUUAACAUUUAUUUUGAGACUUCAUUUCGUCACUUCCUCGGGGAGUGGAGACUAAGAAUUCUGCCCAUUUCAGUGCAUCUAACCACAGAAUACUGCCCCCCCAUGGCUUAGGGCUCUGCCCGUGCCACAAAUAACACACAAGAUAUUCAGUUUCUGCAGAAAUUUCUAUUGAUUUUAGUUUCCCUUUUAAAGUCUACAGAACAUCUAGUUUUUCAGUUUGUAGAUUGAAUGUGUCUUCCUGAUGGUCUCUGAUGGUUACAAGCCAGUUCUCCGUUGUGUUUGGUCCUUGCACAGAGAAUAACUUGCCCUUUACUGGCCUCGUCUGUUGCUGGACUGCGUUACGUUUUUAAUGUUUUAAACCUCGUUAUUGAGUUACGUUUUUUUUUUAAAAGUCUCAUUUUAGAACCCAAAAGUCAGUUUCGAGAUAAAGCUGUGAGCUGGGGCUGUGCCGCAGGAGUCCAUUUUCAAAUACUUAUACCCAAGUUUUGGUUAAACAUUAAUGUCGUCUUCCUUUGCUGAUUCCUGUUGGACUGCAAGAUGUAACGUGUUCCAUUGCAAUAGCGCCCCCCCAUGUAUUGCCUACAUAAAAUAAAUGCCCAAUGUCAAUGAAUGGAAAGCAUUUGUAAUUAAGCAAUAAUGUGUCUUUCCAGUGCCUUUCUUUUUCUCUAUUGGCUCAGCCUUUUAUUUCACGGGGGGUUAAUAUUGCUUUGCUUGCUGAGCUGCCAGCUGUAGAUAUAAUAUUGCCGUCUGCAGACUGUUACAUGUAAUGAGAGAUUAGAGGACACCCUGCUUCUACAUGGAGACAACUGUGUGUAAUUAAUACUUUGUGUCAACAAUCCUGUUGUUUCUGCUGAGUACAUUUCAUACUAUGUGAGUUGUGGCUUCAGCACGUGAGUCGGUUUGGUCGCCGCUAUCAGAAGGCUCCCUGUGCUUUUGCUCCUAGGGGAGAAGGGGCUUAAUAGAGUUUUACACACACGUUACUUAUAGCCCCCUGACACUUAUUAUAUUCUGCUUACCAAGCUUGUAUCUAAAGGAAUUCAGUGUACAAGUAUAAAGUUAGAGAGGGCAGGAAAUCCUGUUUAAUUCUAAUAUCCCUAUUACCUGGUAUUGCAGCGAGGCACGGGGCUGCUGUAUGGAAUAGCCCUGAUCUCAUUGGGCCCUCACAUACCUUCCAGGUCCCACUAACGGGCUUUGUCUACUCCAGGGAAGUUCCAAUUCCAGACCCCACCCUGUGAGUAUUGCACCUCUUGGCAUCACCGAGGGUGGGGGACAAGCUAAGCCUGGGGGGUAAGUGGAGAUAUACCCUUAGUUACAUAGUACUAAUGUGCUCAGUACAGCUUAAGAGAGCAGAAAAGUGAUUUCACUGGGGGGUGUCAGAUCAAGUAAGUCCCCCCUGUGCAUUUACUUUCCUUGUCUUUUAAUACUGUCAGCAUGGGCCAUAGGUUGCUGGCACAAGGGUCCCAUAGUUACCACUGCAGCCUCCCAUAUGCACAACAGCCCUUAGUACUGCCCCACGUGCCCAUAGCCCUUAUUGCCCAAGGGCUCAUAGAGACGUUAAAUACACAUUAACUGUAUAUCUUCAUGUAUACAAACCUGCUUGAGGUUUACCUAGCAACAUUCCUUACAGCGUUAGCAACGGCAUCAUUUAUGCCCUACUGGGGGCUAUUAAUGCUUAGGAGGGUGCCUUACCGCAAAUAAUGCAAUAUAGUAGCCCCCCCACAAUGUAUCUUCAUCUGAUUUAUUGCUUUCAACAGGUAAACCUUUACAAGAUACUUAGCCCCCACCUCCUAGUAACACUUUGGCAGGAAAGAAGCCCAUAGCCCCCGCUGCAUUCUCCAUUGCCGCGCAGCCUCCUUCCAAAAAAAAAAAAUGAAGAUGUUUGAUAGAUUAAUUUGUUUCCCCAGUGACAUGGGGAGGGGGAGAACAUUUCAGAAUGUUUGUGUCUUUUACCUUUUGCAGAUUUUAUUUUCUAUUAGAUUGCAGCGUUUCAUGAUAAAGCCGCGUGUGGAAUUAAUUCUGAGGUAGCAAUAUUAAAGGCAACUAAAAUCUCAGGAGCGAGGCUUACAGGAUCCAGAGGCAGAAGGGGGGGGGGGGGGGGAGAUCUGUAUCUACACAGAAUCGGCUUGUGACCAUUUAUAAAUAUAUAUAGAGAAAUACGCUGGUUGUAAGCUAUUUUCCCUCCUGACUUGUUCGUUGAUGUUAAUAUUUAUGUAAAUAAAGGUUUCUAUUUAAA